AUGGUGGGGAAGGGGUCACUAACGCCUUUGUCUUCCCAGGAGGAAGGUUCGGCUGCAGGAGCUGAGGUGGGAACAUCUCCUCACAGUUUCUCCAGGUACCGCGCCUUGCGCAGAGACAGCAAGUUCACCAAGAAAACCAAGAAUCGGCAAAAUCAGGCUCGAAAACAUAGCGUCGAAACUGAAAGUCAGAAUCAGGCCCAGGAAAAUGACAACGCGCAAUCUGAGAAUUUGAAUCAGGCCAGAGAACAUGAUUACACAGAAGCUGAGAAUCCCAAUCAGGCCAGAGAUUACUGUUGCCUACAAGCUGGGAGCCAGGCUGGGGAUGGCACCGCUUUACACCCACGACUCCAGCUUGCUGCCAUAGAGGUGGACGUGGAGAUCAAUGCUGCGCAAAAAGACAGCGUUAACCAAGUGAUAGUAACUCCUCCUGAAGCCUCCCCUUUCAAAGCCAAUGGAAGACGGAAGUCAACCCCCAGGAAGAAACGGAAGCAAAACUCUGCUGAGGCUCUAGGCAGUGCUGACAAUCCUCCUGGUCACCAGGGGUCAGUGUUGGUUAAUGCCCCAUCUGAGGUCUCCAUCAUUUCUGCAGCUGCAGUGGAGGAGCUGUGUGAUUUGCGCAACUAUUACAGUAAGCAGCUGCAGAGAAUUAACUACAUUUCCCAUGAGCACCUGCAGGACUCUGACUCAGGGAUCCUGACGUGCAGCCGAGGGCCAAUGAAAAGUUUGAGGCUGCCCUGGGGGUCAUCCAUCACAAGGACUGUGCGCAACCUGUGGACGCGGGUCAGCACCAGGAGGAAACUGAUCCGGAGAUGACUGGGAAAUCUGGCCAGUGAACUCUAGUGGUUUAAUUAUGGCACUCAUGGCUUCUCAAACUAAAAGAAUGUGUGGACCACUGUAUGAAAAUUUAUCUGCAAAUAUGCGCAUAUAGUUUCAAUCAGUUUGCCUUUUAAGAGACUUUCUUAUGUUGAACUCUGCAACUGUGCAUCUUUUGUGUUUUACCAUUUAAAACAAGGGGCUGGGCUGAGAUAUAAUUUGAAUUAUGAAGAUUGCACUGUCAAAUCCAACGGACACUCCAUCCCUUGAGGUCUUAUUUUUUUUUUGUUAGCCACGUCAUGUCCCUGCUGAAUCUGAGAGCUUGUUUCACGUGAACAAACGGUUUAAAAAAUAAAUGUUUGAGUCACAUUUUCUUAAA